GGAGAUCAUAUCUUCUAAUUUUUUUUUAAACAAAAUACGUAAUAAAGAAAGGCAAAAACGCAAUAAGAUGUGGAUUCAUCCGAAAGAAAUGCUAAUGCCACCAGCUUUUUGGAUUGACGAAAUGCGUUCAAAAUAUUUCGUGCUGCAAAAACGUCGUGGCCACGGAGAAACACGUAGCUUUACUUCACUCCUUGUGAAUACUUUGGAUAGUGUAUGGGACACAAAGCCACCACCGUAUCGAAUCCUACACCAGACACCCAAUUCCGAAGUUUAUUACGAAAUCGCCAUUGGGUUAACACAAGACGAAAUCAUUAAAGAUUGGGAAUGGCUUGCCGAACACCUUUUCAAAGUGCUCAACGAAAUGGAAAGUGAGGAAGAGAUUACAAACUUUACAAUCUGCAAAAUUCAAUCUCUAAACGCACAAAAUAAUCACGAUGAAUCAGAUGAAUCGGCUAAUUUCAAAGUGGCAGCUUCGAAAUUCCAGCAAAUUUUCGAAAUGCCCAAAGAGGAGCGUUUGGUUACUACUUAUGCUUGCACUUAUGAAAAUAAAAUGCCACAUCAAGGUAACUUGUACAUUUCGUUAAAUCACAUCUGCUUCUAUUCGUAUAUGCUGGGUAGUAAAACGAAGCGAGUCAUAAGGUUUAGUGAACUGGAAGAUAUUACAAGACACGGGCAAAUUAUAUAUUUGAAAACGGUUAACAAUGUUCACUAUAAUUUCACCUUAUUUACUGAUGUAAAAGAGGCAUAUGGACUCAUUGAGCAGCUGAGCAAAAUGGCUAUACAGCAAAAGAUACAGGACCCGGAUAGUCCAAUAGUCGAUCAUGAUGCAUCAGUAUUUCAACGCUUCGAUCGCAAAACAUCAAAUAAACCGGGACUUUUGCGGGAUUUGACAGUCCGCCAAAAGUCUGAAGAGUAUCGUAACUAUUUUCGCUUACCACAGUCGGAAAUUAUUGAUGGUCAAAUAAGGGCCAACAUCUGGACCCCAUAUUCGAAACGCUAUGUGGGCGGCAACACUUACCUGUCUCGAAAUUUCUUCUGUUUUCGCAGUGAUGUAACCGACCUUGUCAGCCUUGUCAAUCCAAUGCGUAAUAUUAAGAGUGUUGAACAGAAGAAUGAUGGCCCACCUCGUUAUGAUAAUCAAAUCGUCCUACAUACAGCUGAGAAUGUACACUUUGUGUUCGCGCAAAUUGUCGACCGGGAGUUGGUGGUAGAAAAAAUUAGCGAGCUGCUAUCACAAUUCCACGUUCCUCUCAGCCGUGAGUGUGCAAAAUACGAUAUAUCCUGGAGUAAACAAGCCGCUCUCAUGAACUCAUUCAAGACUAAUUUGAGUGAGGAAAUGUUGAAGAUUCAAGAACAAAGGCUGGCACGCUGGGAGUUACAUUUCCGUGAUUUUGGGCGCGGCAUUUCAAUGUUUCGUACAACCGAAGUAAUUAAUUUGAUUGUUGAAGGCAUUCCUGAUAAACUGCGUCAGGAGAUCUGGCUAGUAUUUUCCGGUGCAAUACACGAGAAGGAUAUUAAUCCUGGCCUAUAUAAAGACUUGGUUGAAAAAGCUGCAUGUAUUAAACAAUCCUCUAUACACGACGAAAUUGAUCGCGACCUUCACCGUUCGCUGCCAGAACACCCGGCGUUUCACCAUGCAGACGGUAUAGGCGCACUGAGACGCGUAUUGCAAGCAUACGCAUUGCGCAAUCCUCACGUGGGUUACUGUCAAGCCAUGAAUAUCGUUUCAUCAGUAUUUCUGCUAUUUUGCGACGAAGAGAAUGCAUUCUGGUUGCUAGCAAGCCUUUGUGAAAACUUGCUGCCUGACUACUACAAAGACAAAGUAGUAGGUGCACAAAUCGAUCAAAGGACCAAUAUUUACGCAGGUGGCGUCGCACGAAGAUGGAGCGCACCAGCGUAA